CUUGCCCUGGAGGUUUCUGAUGAAUGGAUGACUGGGCCCGACGACCUGAUUACAACUCACAAAGGCGCUGAGUAUAACUCACAUUUUCGGUGUUGCAAGUUUUUUAUGUCGAGUAUCUGUACCGUCACCGGCUGCCUGGCGUGACUGCAUAACUGCCAUUCCCCGCACCGCUUCUUGGAUUCACUGACUACCUCAGUCGUCUUUUCGAUAACACAACCACUCCGUGCGGCAUAUCAAGAUCAAAUAUGUCACAAGCUUCCUCUGGAGGCAAGCCUGCCGGUGUUCUUCAAAUUCCCGUUUCCGCUACACAGAAAGGAACCCCCACACCUGCAAAGAGCGCCCCGAAGCCUCCUGCACCAAGAUUGAAACUCAUCGUUCGUCGACUUCCACCAGGGCUUACCCGGAGUGAGUUUGAGACAGGUCUGGGGGAUGAUUGGAAACUAGGAUCUGGUCAGGUCGACUGGUUCCAGUUCAAGCCGGGCAAAAUUUCAAAGGACCCCGCCAAGCCAUCUAGACCAGCAAGAGCCUAUCUACAUGUUCUAUCAGAGGCAAUGAUUCCUUCUUUAUUCGAAAAAGUCAAAAACACGUCCUUUCACGAUGCACGAAACAGCUCAAACGACCCUGUACUCGUGGGGCCGCCAUCCGUUGAGUUUGCCCCUUACGCUCGCCUUCCCGGGAGUCGAAUACGAAAAGAUGGACGACAAGGGACCAUAGACCAGGACCCUGACUUCGUUUCUUUCCUCGAGAGCUUGACAAAUCCCGUUGCCAAACUCGCGACAGGCGAGGCUGACGGCGAGAAAAAGGAAGACGAGGAAGUGAAUAUUACGCCAUUAGUCCAAUACAUCAAGGAUAAGAAGGCAAACAAAGCUAAGGAAGCUGCAUCAAGCAAAGCUUCCAAACGCAGCAAAGAGAAAGAGGCCAAAGCAGAGAAGGCAGAGGCCAAGAAACUGUUGAAACGACCCGACAAAGAGUCCACGUCGCUAGCUACGCCUUCUUCACCAGAGAAGAAAGGUGCUUCUACACCGGUGAAGGUUGAAAAGGCUACAAAGGAAGCGGCGAAGGCUGCUAACAAGCAAGCUGCUGCUGCUGCGAAAUCGAAGCAAUCUGCUAGCAAAGAUUCUACACCACAAUCUCCUACCCGCCCUGCUGCGACCGACCGUAAGCGGGAACGGGGCGACGUUAGUGCUGCAGCAAAGAUUUUACAGAGGGAUUUGGGGCUUGCGCCUUCUGGUGGCAGGCGACGUGGGAAGGGUGCUGCAGCGGCUGCGGAUGACACUACCAAGAAAGAUACAGCUCAAGAAUCCGGGUCACCAACUCCAACAGUUCCUACCGGACCCAAGGGAUCUAAACAGAAUGCGAAGACCGCUAAAGAGAAUACGUACAAGGAUAACACGCCCAAGGUGAUCGCGUCCAAAGCAAAUGUAAACCUAGCUGCAGAAGGAGUCACGCCAGCUCCCCGUACCGAUAGCCCGACUGCUACGAAGGAAGGUGCACAAAAACCAGCAAAGCAACCCAAGGCCAAACAACCUCCUCCUGUAUCACCGACCGCUACCCAAGCAUUUGUCAAGCACGCGAAUCCAUCCCAAGGUGUGACAGAAGAGCUCCUCGAUACUGCGUUCAGUGUUUUUGGUCGCGUGACCAAGGUGGAAAUUGAUCGAAAGAAGGGCUUUGGGUAUGUUGAUUUUGCUGAGCCCGACGGUCUGCAGAAAGCCAUCGCAGCUAGUCCGGUGACAGUAGCCCAAAGCCAAGUCGUGGUAUUGGAACGGAAGAAUCCGCCAUCUCAGGCAAAGGCGGCGAAAGCCAGUGAUACAGCACAACCACCAGCUGGGGCGACAACGCUCCAACAAGCAAGUUCUAAAGAGAAACGGUCGCGAGGCACGCGUUCACGCGGAGGCAGAGGCCAGAAGAAGACAGCAGGUGCUGGCGAAGGAGACAAAGUAGAGAAGAUGGACAACGCAGCGACAAGCAGCGAGGCGUAAUAAUGAUCUAGAAAAUUUCAUAAGAUACCCUAAAAUAAAUAUACUAUGUCUGCAAUAUAUUGAGCCUGUUCGUGAGGCAUGCUCAAAGAAUGCC